ACUCUCCUCCCAUCCGGUAGGUGCUACAGGAGCCUCCGCUCCCGCACCAGCAGGCACAGGAAGAGCUUCUUCCCUGAGGCUGUGACACUGCUGAACCUCACAUCACAGCGCUAAGCAGUAUCGCACCCGUAUUGUACAGUCUCAGGACUUUUCUAUUUGUGUGUUGUAGCACUUAUUUGUUAUUUGCAGUUAUCGUGUAAAUAACACUACUCUUUGCGUUUCUGGUCAGCCGCCAGCUGCAUUUCAUUGGCCUUGUAUCUGCACUCGGCGCGAUAACAAUAAGGUUGAAUCUAAUCUAAAUGCAAGUUACAAUCCAGUAAAAACAAGCUAGAGGCAGAGAGGAACUCUCGGGGGUUUUAAAAGAAUGAUGAUUGUUCGGGUCCUUUAAAAAACGCGAGCUGCGGGCUGGCAGAUCACAGCCUCGUCGUGCGGGGAAACUCGGCGAUUUUUUUUCUCUUGCAAACUUGCCACCGAGUUGGUUCCGUGCGGAGAGAAGGUUUUUCGACCCGUGUGCACAGUUCCAGAAAGGGGAGAGCGGAGAAUGCGAGAGGCGGCGCUCGGCCAUGGGCAGGCGGAGCGGCUGGGCUCUGCCGCUGAUGCUCGCCCUCACCCUGGCCGUCUGGCUGCUGCAGCUGGCCGCCAGUAAGGUGUGCGGCUCCCUCACCUUGCUCUCCCGGUCCUUCCACACCUUCUCGGCGCUGCUGGGGCUCGGCACCCUGCAGGCAUCCCUGAGGCUGAACGCGGGCGGCCGGGCGCCCGCCGGGGCCAGGAACACCUUCGGCUGGCUGCGGGUCGAGCCCCUGGGGGCCCUGGUGCAGGCGGUCUUCCUCGCCGGGGUCUGCUUCGCCGUGCUGGGCAAGGCGGUGGAGAGCGUGCUGCAGCCUCACCCCGUGCGGCGCCCCGGGGUGCUACUGGGGGUCGGGUUAACCAGCCUCCUGGUCGACCUGGGUGCCCUGUACCUCUUCAGGAGAGGCAGCACCCCGCAAGACUGGCCCUCCGCAGGCAAGAGGCGCCCGCAGGAAAACCAAGACCUCCUCAGCGAGACGGCGACCAGAGGCCUGGGAGAGAGCCAGAGCUGGCAGGGAGAGGACCUACGGGAACCCGGUGAAGAGGGGCGCCUCGGCUGGCAGGCAGCCUCCCCGCACGUGCUGGGGGACGCCCUGGGAUCGGUGCUGGUUCUGCUGAGCGCACUGGCCCACUAUGCCGCCUGGCUGGCGUGCCCCAGGGAGCAAUGUGACGGGGAGGGGGAGGUAAGGGCCGGGCCCUGCUGGCUGCUGCGCCUGGACCCGGCCCUGUGCCUGGGGGUGGUCUGCAAGGCCCUGUGGGCAGCCUGCCCCCGGCUGAGGGAGUCGGGGCUGAUCCUGCUACAGGCGGUCCCCGGCGGCCUGGACGUGGACCGGCUGCGGGAGCGGCUGCUGAGGGUGGAGGGGGUGGUGGCCGUUCAUGAGCUCCACGUGUGGCGGCUGGCCGGCCGGCAGCUGGUGGCCACCGCCCACGUCCGGUGCCGGGAGGCGGGGGCGGCCGGGCGGGCCGGGGCCUUCUUCAGGCGGGAGGGCUUCCAGGCCGCCACGGUGCAGCCGGAGCUCGGCAGGGCCGCGGGGCGGGGCUUGGGCUGCGCGCUGGCGUGCGAGGAGAGCUGUGCCUCCAGGCUGUGUUGCUCAGGAGACGGGGUAGGCCGCAGGGCCCGGGAGAACUCCAUGCUGGCCGACGCUCCCCUCUCCGGGGGCCUCAAUAUCUCUCGAAGGCCAAGAUUCCCUAGACCUGACGGGACCUUGCAGGCUGCCCCCAGCACGUCCUCGGACCGUGAAGGCCAUCGACGCACUCUAAAACGCAAUGCGCACAAAACGCUGGAGGAAGUCAGCAGGAAGCGUCCGUUUGUCACGAAUAAACAGCCGCCGUUUCGGGCCGAGACCCUUCUUUGGGACUGUGGGGGUGGGGGGAAGAUGCCAGGGAUAUUGUAUGCUUCGACGUACGUGCGAUAAAUAA